CUUUGUUCGUCUUGCUUCCUCUCUUUAGUUUUUCUCUUUUUUUUCUUUGAUUCUCCCACCAAGUUUUUCCCUAAAGAUCCAUUAAACUUUAUUAAAGAAAGAUAAUAAAUGGUAUAGAAGAACAAUGGUUUUCUCAUCCAAUUGGUCACAGUCUACCAAUUCGAAUCAGCUUCAGUUUAACGAAAAUGGAAGUUUAGUGAAUGGCCAGGGACUACUUUCACAUCAACUUCCACCUUUCCCACCAAACCCUAACCCUAACCAUGCCGCUGCCUCCAGUGGUCUUCAUGCAAGGCGUGGUGGAUCCAUGGCGGAGAGAGCGAGGCAAGCCAAAGCUCCUCCACCUGAGGGAGCCCUAAAGUGUCCUCGAUGCAACUCAAUCAACACUAAGUUCUGUUACUACAACAACUACAACCCCACUCAGCCUCGCCACUACUGUAAAGCUUGCCGCCGCUACUGGACAGAUGGCGGCAAAUUGAGAGACGUCCCCGUCGGUGGAGGCCGGCGGAGAAAUAGCAAAAAGAAUAAAAAUGGUAAUUCAAAAUCUCCUUCAUCUAAACAGCCUUCUUCCACGGUCAGUGCUCCGAGUUUUAACUCGGGACAGUUCCCAUUUUCACCAACUCUUCAAAAUCUUACUCAACUCGGAGGUAUUGGUUUGAACUUAGCUGCUGCUAAUGGCAACAACCAAGCUCACCAGAUUGGUUCAAGUUUGAUGAACGAGUUAGGGUUUCUUCAUGUCGGAAAUGGACGAAAUAUUCAUGACAACAACAGUGAAAACAACCUAAUGGGGUCUGCUGGAUUCACUCUCUUUGAUCCAACGUCAUACGCUUUUCAAAACGAGGGAAAUAACGGAAACGACGUCGGGUUAUCUUUUUCCUCUACUUCUAUGGUUGAUUCGAGAAUUUACCAAACAGCUCCGGUGAAGAUGGAAGAACAACCUAAUCUGGUUAACUUCUCUAGACCGGUCUCCGGUUUGAUCCCUCAGGGGAAUCAAACAAACCAUUACUUUUGGAGCAAUAAUUCGGAUUUCUCCGGUCCUUUUUCUAACGAUCAUGAUCAUCAACUCUUGUGA